CGUGUUACGACACAGCCACGACUCCAUCGUGGCUGGGCAGCGGGGCAUCGGGAGCUUCAUAAAACAAUCCCCGCCCAGGCAUCCCAGUUCUUUAUUUCUUUUCCCCCAUUAUCCUCUCACACAAUUAUGUCGCAGCAGAAUGAUGAUUUGGCCUAUGGUCAUUACAGUGACUCCUCGAGGGGCUUCAGCGACACCUCCAGGGGUCUAAGUGACACCUUUAAGAAGUUCUACAAGGGCCACCAGAGCUCAUCGCAGCCGGGUCAACCGGCUCAGCCCUACAACCAGACUUACAAUCAGUCGGGAUCGCAAGGAACGCACCAGGAUCAGAAUCAGCCCCCGCAAUAUGGAUCUAGCAGUCAGACGCCCAAUCCUCCAUACCAACAACACCAACAACAUCAGUACCAGGGACAGCCACAGAAGCAGGAUAAACUUUCCGGUUUCCUGGGUAAGAUCCAGGGUACUGUAACCGAGUAUGGCUCAGAAUGGGCUUCCAAAAUCGGUAACACCAUCGAUCCCCAGGCCUAUGCCCAGUACGGCCACACCAACCCGACCACCGAGCAUCGGUUCGGUAGCUUCGCACCACCCCGAGAGCACAACGAUGUGAAGUGGUAUGUGGACGGCGCCAGCUAUUUCUGGGCCGUGUCUCGCGCCCUCGAAAAUGCGCGAGAGUCCAUUUGGAUUUUGGAUUGGUGGCUCUCUCCCGAGCUUUACCUCAGACGACCCCCGACUAAGAAUGAAAAUUACCGACUGGAUCGCAUGCUGCAGGCAGCUGCCCAGCGCGGUGUGCGUGUGAACAUCAUCGUCUACAAGGAGGUGACCCAAGCAUUGACGCUCUCUUCUUCGCACACCAAGAAGGCUCUGGAAAGCCUUCACCCCAAUAUCGCGGUCUUCCGUCAUCCCGACCAUUUGCCGGACGGACACGAGGUGGCAUCUGAGAUCGCAAAUGCAUUCCAGCACCUGACAUUGGAUUCUGCCAGUCUGACCCGAAUGAACAAGGAAAACCUGAAGGGCGUGUAUGGUGCGACUGACGAGAUGAUCCUAUACUGGGCACAUCAUGAGAAACUCUGCUUGAUCGAUGGGCAUAUCGCUUUUAUGGGUGGACUAGACCUGUGCUUUGGUCGCUGGGACACGAACCAGCACGCAAUCGCUGAUGUUCACCCAGAGGAUUUGAACGAAACGGUCUUCCCAGGCCAGGAUUACAACAACUCUCGCGUCCUGGAUUUCCACAACGUCGCUCAGUGGGAGAGCAAUCAGCUGGACCGACGGGUUUCUUCUCGCAUGGGAUGGUCUGAUAUCUCGAUCAGUCUGCACGGUGCCGCGGUGGAGGAUUUGCGCCGCCACUUCGUUGAGCGAUGGAAUUUUAUCUAUGAUGCCAAGUACCAAUCUAAAAACGACUCACGGUACGCAAGACUGGCUCUGUAUGGUCGACCUACCUCUUCUUCUGGUCAGCACCAGGGCGGCCAACAGCAGUCCAAUCUGUAUCCGUCUGGACAGGCGAGCCCACAGGUUCAGCAACCGUCGCAGCAGUACCCAGCUCAGACGGGAGGUGCGCCCACUUUCCCUCCACCCCCUAAUAGCCAAGGCCAGCAGAGCCAGCAGAACCAGCCCUCGUGGCAAGCAGGAAGUACCCAUCCUUCUGCAGUUCAGUCCUCUGUCAGCCCACAGCCCCAGCAGCUGUCGCAACAACAACAGCAGCCGCAGCAGCAGCAGCAGGCAACAACUCCAUCUUAUCAGCAGUAUCAGCCUGCUACCUACCCUCCCAAUCCCAGUCAAACACCCCAGAAUCCCGGGCAGGGUCAGCAACAGCAAAAUUCCCAAUCCUGGCAGUCCGGAAAGACCGAUUAUCCUCCCCAAGGACAAUCCCAAACUCCCUCCAACACCCAGCCCCCUCCUCCUGCAUACUCCAGCAAUGCUCCCCAGGAUCAUGGGUCCGCUCAGUACUCUUACACUGGAGACUCUUUCCCGCCUCCGCCCCCGGGUCCUGCUCCUAGCCAGUCACCUGCGAACACGCCCUACCACCCCCAGCAGCAGGGACAGGCAUCCUACUACCCACCCGCAACGUCCAAUGUUUCAGAGCUACCAGCCCAAUCUGCUGACAACUACGCGCCCCAUGGCCAGUCUCAGAGUCAACCUUCCUAUUACCCACCUCAGAAUCAGGCGUCGGGAACUCAGAGUCAGACGCAGGCUCAGGCACCCUACUACUCGGGCCAAGAGUCCCAUUCUGCUACUCGUGGGUUUGAUGAACAGCACCAUGACAGCGAGCGUGGCUUCGUGCCGCAGCACUACCAGGAUAAGUAUUCUCAGUACACAAAUUCGCAGCACUCUGACGGAGAGCGUGGAUUCGUGCCGAAGCGCUACGAGGAAAAGUUUAACAAAUAUGUCAACCCGCUUCGUGGUCAGCUGGCUGGCCAGAUUCAUCAGUACCAAGAUCGCUUGACCGGUUACGGGCGUCCUGCAUCGCAGAGCCAGGGCCAUAUGUCAUGCCAGGUCGUGCGAAGCUGUACCAAGUGGAGCAAUGGUAGCCCCUUGGAGCACUCCAUUGCCAACGCUUACGCCGCUGUCAUCAAGAACAGUCUGCACUUUGUCUACAUCGAAAACCAAUUCUUCAUUACGGCUACCGGUGGCCACCAGCAUCCGGUGAAGAACACGAUUGGUGCUGCUAUCGUGGAACGUAUUCUGCGUGCUGCUCGCGCCGGUGAGAAGUACAAGAUUAUUGUGGUGAUUCCUUCGAUCCCCUGCUUCGCUGGAGAUCUUCACGACGAUGAAACCCUUGGCACGCGAGCCAUCAUGGAGUUCCAGUACAAUUCGAUCAAUCGUGGAGGAAACAGUAUCAUGGAGCUGAUUGCCAAGGAGGGCUACAACCCCAUGGAAUACAUUCGAUUCUAUAACCUUCGCAACUAUGACCGAAUCAACAACGGAAACGCUAUGGCUGCUGCGGAACACCAGAGUGGUGUGAACUAUGGUGAUGCCAGCCAUCAAUACGACCAACAUGCUUCCGCGCCUAUCAACUAUGGUCAACAGAGUACUCCUGCGCCUACCAACUAUGGCCAGCAGUCCCCUGCGUCUACCGAUUAUGGUCAACACAGUACUCCUGCGCCUACUAACUAUGGCCAGCAGUCCCCUGCGUCUACCAAUUAUGGCCAACAGAGUACUCCUGCGCCUACUAACUAUGGCCAACAGAGUUCUCCUGCGCCUACCAAUUAUGGUCAACAGAAUUCUCCUUCUCCUGUCAACUAUGGUCAGCAGAGUGCUCCUGCCCCUGCCAACUACGGCCAGCACAAUGCUUCUUCUCCUGUCAAUUAUGGCCAACAGAGCGCUCCUGCUCCUGUUUCUGCUCCUCGGAGUGUUUUCGAUCCCACUGCUCCGUUCCAGAAAUACCAGCAUGCUGCCCAGCAGGAUCCUGGUAACAAGGCACCUGGUGCUGGACGUUGGGAUAGUGUCAGCUCAUGCUAUAUGCUGGGUGGAGAGGAUAUUCGUAACGUGCCGUGGAACGGUCACCCCGAUGCAGAGAUUGAUGCAUUUGUGAGCGAGGAGCUCUAUGUGCACUCCAAGGUUAUGAUUGCCGACGACCGCGUGGUCAUCUGCGGAUCGGCGAACUUGAACGAUCGUUCACAGCUGGGAGAACAUGAUUCGGAGAUCGCACUUGUCAUCGAAGACUUUACUCCAAUCCAGUCGACUAUGAACGGCCGACCCUGGACUGCUAGUCGUUUCGCCUCGUCUCUCCGUCGCCAGUUGAUGCGAAAGCACCUGGGACUUGUGCCCCCACAAGACUACCAGCGACCGGAUGCUAACUUCGAGCCCGUUGGCGUCCCCCAGCAGUUUGACUUUGACUGCCCAGAAAGCAAGAUCGUCUCUGAUCCUCUCUCUGAGCCUCUGCAAAGUCUCUGGAACUCACGUGCCCACACCAACACCGAUGUCUUCCGUAAGGUUUUCCACGCUGUCCCCGAUGACAACGUGCGUAACUGGUCCACCUACAAAGAAUUCUACGAGUACUACUUCCACGGAGCUGAUAGGGAGGCUGAAGGCAAGGGCGAAUUCGGCCGACCGGCACGAUACCAGUGGGGCCACGUCGUUCGCGACAACUUCCCCCCUGGUCCCGAUGGCGCAAAGCAGGUCAAAGAACUGCUUAGCCAGGUCAAAGGUACCCUGGUGGAAAUGCCUUUGAUGUUCCUCGGCGAGGAGGAUAUUGCGAAGACUGGUUUGACUCUGAACGAGCUGACUGAGCCUAUCUACACUUGA